UUGGCUGCCGUUUUCUUUCCGUGUUUGAGUUACAUUAGAAUGGCAGAGAUUUAGACCUGCGGGAGAUGUCUGGAAACAUUACGCACGGAGCCUGCGGGGCCAUAAACCUGAACUUUACGCACAGUUUUCUGCCGCCCGUCUUCGUCACUGUGUUCGUUGUCGGGACAGUGUCCAACAUCUGGGGGCUGAAGAGCGUGUGCAACAGCUGGAACAACAUCGCGAACAUUAACAUUUUCAUGUGGAACCUGGGGAUGGCGGACCUGCUCUAUCUCUUCACGCUGCCAUUCCUCGUGCACUAUUACGCGAACAACAGCCAGUGGCGUUUCGGUCCCACGUUCUGCAAGGUGACGCGCUUCUGCUUCAACCUCAACCUUUACGGCAGCAUUGGCUUCCUCACCUGUAUUAGCAUUUACAGGUACCUGGGAAUCGUGCAUCCAAUGAGAGUGAUGGGAAAAAUCACCAGCCGACACUCCUUGGCCAUAAGCGUCUUGGUCUGGGUUCUGGUAAUCAUCCAGAUCCUCCCAGACAUGUUUUUUGAGAAGAAUAACCUCACGUCACCCCACGCGUGUUACGAUACUACCUCGAAUGACCUGAUCAGGAGCUACAUGCCGUACAGCAUCGGCUGGACCGUCACAGGGUUCGUCAUCCCGCUGCUCAUCAUUCUGGUCUGUUAUGGUCAUGUCGUUGUGGUUCUGAGCAAGAAAGCCACCGUGAACCCUGUGCUGAAGCAGCGGUGUUUGAGGCUCGUCGUGAUUCUGAUCAUACUCUUUUCCGUCUGCUUCAUCCCCUACCACGUGCUACGAAAUGUUAAUUUAAAAACCAGAAUUUUGAAACAGGCUGGAUUCUGCCACGCCACGUUCCGUGACAUAUACAUUGCGCACCAGGUUGGCAGAUGCCUGGCGUGUCUGAACAGCGCGCUAAAUCCGCUCAUUUAUAUAGUUGGAAAUGAUGAAUUUCUUAAGAAGCUCCAUGACCUCGGUGCGCGGGUCCAGCUUCCUCGGGGCUGCAUGAAAGGUGCGGAUUUGUACCGCAAACCGAUGGAGGCGGACCCGAACCUGCAUGGCCGUGAGUCACUGGACCAUGAGCCACCAUAAUGUUCACAUUUCUAGGAGCGCAGAAGUGAACGUUUUGGAGCACAUGUAUCAAGGAAAAAAACAAAACAAAACAAUUGAGCUGUCAAAGUUGUUCUUUGUUUAUUUUAAGGUUUAUUGAAUGAUACAACGACCUCAAAAGAACAAAUAAGCAUUUAGUACAACAGUGUAUGGAAUGACUUGUGACACUUUGUUAACAUUAAAAUGAAAAAGCAGAAGACAUUUUUAUUAUUUAUCGGUCUCAGUGUGAUGCGUUUAGGGGCAGUAUGUACAAUAUGCCCUGCUGCUGCUCACAUGGUCUUGAGGAAGGUCAGAAGAGACUGACGUUCACAUGCACUGACACAUUUCACCAGAAUGGGUGUUUCCGUGUGAACAAGUGAAAUGCAGUUACACAAGAUUGAAAAACAAGCCACAAGUGCUGAGUGUGUGUAUUAUGGGUGCACUCUGGCUUUAACACGUACUACUACUACUACAACUACUUAUAUUGUACCUUAAAACCAAAACAGUUUUUGCCUGUAUGAAAUAAGUGCACCCUCUGUGCCGAGAGCCAGUUUAAGAAACUCACUGAAAACGUUGACAGCUCGCAGCAACAUGAGGCAAAACAAAUUUUAGCCACUUAACAAAAGGUUGAUCUUAUAAAUCUAUGAUAUCACAAGAAUAUGUUCACAUAUGUUAGACAGCCUUAUGUUUGUAAACACUUUAUUCCCCACACUAGAGUCCAUAGAGAAUGUCUGCAAUUUUGCAUCACCCCACGCAGGAGAAGUUGAUCCACUGCUGCCUUUUUUUCAUUAAUUUCAAAUGUGUAAUCAAAACAACUUUAUCUCUCUAUCCCAUAUCCCUGGCAGGCUGAAAACAGACAUUUUCUCAAUGGACUUUGGUGUGGGAGAAUGAGUGUUCUGUUUUGGCAGUGGGACAAGAUUUUAUUAGUCUUUUGUCAAGUACCUAAAAUCAGUUUUUCCUUGCGUCCCUGUCCGUAAGAGGUAUCUUAGAGCACACCGAUCAGUCAGCGCUCAUACAAUGACACUUCAAACUAUUCCUUUAAGAUGCAGAACUGAGAGAAGACUAAAGUGUAUUCCAUUUCAUGAACCUGCCGAACAUUAUUACAGGUCUCAGUGUGAUGCGUUUAGGGGCAGUAUGUACAAUAUGCCCUGCUGCUGCUCACAUGGUCUUGAGGAAGGUCAGAAGAGACUGACGUUCACAUGCACUGACACAUUUCACCAGAAUGGGUGUUUCCGUGUGAACAAGUGAAAUGCAGUUACACAAGAUUGAAAAACAAGCCACAAGUGCUGAGUGUGUGUAUUAUGGGUGCACUCUGGCUUUAACACGUACUACUACUACUACAACUACUUAUAUUGUACCUUAAAACCAAAACAGUUUUUGCCUGUAUGAAAUAAGUGCACCCUCUGUGCCGAGAGCCAGUUUAAGAAACUCACUGAAAACGUUGACAGCUCGCAGCAACAUGAGGCAAAACAAAUUUUAGCCACUUAACAAAAGGUUGAUCUUAUAAAUCUAUGAUAUCACAAGAAUAUGUUCACAUAUGUUAGACAGCCUUAUGUUUGUAAACACUUUAUUCCCCACACUAGAGUCCAUAGAGAAUGUCUGCAAUUUUGCAUCACCCCACGCAGGAGAAGUUGAUCCACUGCUGCCUUUUUUUCAUUAAUUUCAAAUGUGUAAUCAAAACAACUUUAUCUCUCUAUCCCAUAUCCCUGGCAGGCUGAAAACAGACAUUUUCUCAAUGGACUUUGGUGUGGGAGAAUGAGUGUUCUGUUUUGGCAGUGGGACAAGAUUUUAUUAGUCUUUUGUCAAGUACCUAAAAUCAGUUUUUCCUUGCGUCCCUGUCCGUAAGAGGUAUCUUAGAGCACACCGAUCAGUCAGCGCUCAUACAAUGACACUUCAAACUAUUCCUUUAAGAUGCAGAACUGAGAGAAGACUAAAGUGUAUUCCAUUUCAUGAACCUGCCGAACAUUAUUACAGACAGGUAUAACUGCUGCUCACAGAUGCUCACAUGAUUAUGUGGAUCAAGUAUUACGUGUUGUACCUGGUUCUGUUCAUAAUCCUGCACUUUCUGUGUUGUUCUGUGUGGUUCACACUUCAGUGAUUACCUUCACGUGCAGCCGUGUACUGUGAGGAACUUGUUUGUUUGUUGUGAUCAUGUUCUGUCAUAUAUUGCACUAUACAGUAGCUCGGCACUGUUUCAGGUGAAGCAUUAGAUAUAUAUGUGUGGCGAUGGUUUGUUUCUAUUAUUUAUGACACGUAAUACAUUGACAGACACUGAUGUGACGCUGACGGGACAUGGUGGGAGAGCUGUGAAAUGAUUAAAGUCUGUAUUAAAAUGUUAGCUGUCCGCAUUCAGUUAAAAUUGUAUUAUUCGAUGAAGAUGUUGCACUGCUUAGAACCUGCGUCACAACAAAAUCAUUCUUUGUUCACUUUCUGAUUUAGUCAGAAACUUUCUCUGGAACGUUUGCAUGUUUUCCAUUUUUUCUUUUUUUUGGUAGACCUGUAAUGGACUCGGGACCUGACCAGCAUUUGCCUCUUGCCUAAUGUCUACUGGAACUGCUUCCAUGCCCAUAGGAUAAGAGCAAGGUAUAGAAUGUAUUGAUUGCAGCACCUUUAUUUUGAAAAAAAAUAAAGAACUUUUUAGCCUUAUCUUUUUAUUGACAUUAAAAAUAAAAUGCCAAAAAUGGUUAUAACACUGUCUGUACUGUCAAUACUGAGAAACAGAAACUGAAGGUAGAAUUGUCUUGACAACAUGACAGAGGCUAUAAAGUAUAAUUGAGGUCCAAAGUAUUUCCCAGACAUGCCACAGAAACAGCUUGACUACAGUAUGUGAGGUAAUAAAAAAGGGCAUGUGCUAUAUAAUUCUUAUGUUCUUUAGCAACACCUUUUUCUGAGUCUGUAGACGUGUGUUUGUCCUUUCCUCUAAAAUCAGUUUUUACUCCAGUCUCUUCCCCCAUCAUUGCAUGUACUUAUAGGCACCAGUAGGGCAUUUUUUAUUUUAAGAAUAUUAUAGUCUCCUGUAUAUGUAUAUGACAUUUACUGUACUAAAAAGUAAUCGUAUGAUAUAAAAUGUACUGGAAGGCUGUGGGUUCAAUUCCUGGCUCCGCUAGUUUGUGUAUCCCUUAAGCAAGACACUUAACCCCAUGUUGCAGCGUGUGAAUGUGAACGAAAGAUGUGUGAAUGGCUGAAUGGCAAAACUGUAGUGUACUGCAGCUCAUCAAGACUAGAACAGCGCUAUAUAAAUACAGACCAUUA